ACUCUGCAUGUUGUAUAGAAACUUGUUUGUGCUCCUGACGCAAAAACUCCAUUAACGCACAAACCUAUUUUCUUCUAAGUUCUACGGGAGCUUGAAGAAGAUCAAACAUGGCCGCCAUGUCAGCCGCCGCUACCCUUAGAAAUCCCACCACAACGGUUCACCACCGCAAUCUAAAUUCCGCCGCGCACGUCGCCACCUUCCCCGCCGCCCUCUCCCUCCCGUCCAAAACCGCCGCCGUUAAACGGACGGCCAUCACCUGCAAGUCGGCAGCCACGGCUUCUUCCGCCGCCGUCGAAGCUCAGCAGACGGCCGGCGGUUCCUCAGAUCGCGUGUUCAAUUUCGCGGCGGGCCCCGCCACCCUCCCGGAGAAUGUCCUAAGGAAGGCGCAGGAGGAGCUCGUGAACUGGCGGGGCUCCGGGAUGUCCGUGAUGGAAAUGAGCCACCGUGGGAAGGAAUUCAUGUCGAUUAUCCAGAAAGCGGAGGCGGAUCUGCGAGCUCUGCUCAAAAUCCCCGAGGAUUACGCCGUUCUCUUCCUCCAGGGCGGCGCCACCACCCAAUUCGCCGCCGUGCCGCUCAACCUCUGCGCCCCUGACGACGCCGUCGAUUACAUCGUCACCGGAUCGUGGGGAGACAAGGCCUACAAGGAAGCCGGGAAGUAUUGCAAACCUAAUGUGAUCUGGAGUGGAAAAUCGGAGAAAUACACUAAGAUUCCGAGCUUUGACUCCUUGGAACAAAACCCGCACGCCAAGUAUUUGCAUAUAUGCGCCAAUGAAACUAUUCACGGAGUUGAAUUCAAAGAUUACCCUACGCCUAAAAACAAAACCUCCCUUCUUAUCGCGGAUAUGUCAUCCAAUUUCUGCUCCAAACCCGUCGACGUUACCAAGUUCGGAAUCAUCUACGCCGGCGCGCAGAAGAACGUGGGCCCCUCCGGCGUCACGAUCGUGAUAAUCCGGAAAGAUCUAAUCGGCAAUACGCAACCAAUCACUCCUGUAAUGCUGGAUUACAAGAUCCACGCUGAUAACAAUUCGCUCUACAACACGCCCCCUUGCUAUGGGAUUUACAUGUGCGGGCUAGUUUUCGAGGAUCUAUUGGCUCAAGGAGGAUUGGGGGAGGUUGAGAAGAAGAACAAGAAGAAAGCUGAGGUCUUGUAUGAGGCUAUUGAUUCAAGCAAUGGGUUUUACAGGUGCCCAGUGGAGAAAUCUGUCAGGUCUUUGAUGAAUGUGCCCUUUACAUUGGCUAAAUCAGAGCUGGAAGGUGAGUUUAUUAAGGAGGCUGCUGCUGGGAAGAUGGUGCAGCUGAAGGGGCACAGAUCAGUGGGUGGAAUGAGGGCUUCCAUUUACAAUGCUAUGCCUUUGGCUGGGGUUGAAAAGCUGGUUGCUUUCAUGAAAGAUUUCAUGGCAAAGCAUGGUUAAGGUCCUGUUUUCCUAUCUGGCUUUUUGGUUUCAAGAUUUUAACUUUCUUUUCUUAGCAUUGUUGUUUGGUAAUUCUUCUUUUUUGAUGUUAUGUUGGUUGGUCUAUUUGGGUAGAAUCUCUUAUAGCUCUGGAAACACAGUUGAUGAUAAGAAUGAAUGCAUAUCCUGUUCUUUUUCCUUGUUUAAGAGUAAGAGAUAUGGAAGUUAUUAGCAAAUGUUAUAAACAGAUAUUGCCUUUGCUGUCAAUUUUGCUACUUCCACAGUUCCACUGGUA